CUCCUUUCCUUCUUGUGCAGUUCUUUAUCUCCCUCCUUCUCUUCUGUUCACCUGUAAUAACCAAAACCAUUUAAUUUAAAAAUAUUCGCAAUCAGUUUAAUUCCUUUUCUCCCUUUCCAAGUUCUGUUUUGCUGUAUAAUUUCUCCUAUUUCACAAACAGAGAUGGAUACAAAUUUAAACGACAAGGAGUCCAUGAUUGCUCGAAUCCAACAAUUGGAACAUGAGCGUGGUGAAUUGCACAAAGAUAUUGAACAAUUGUGUUUGCAGCAAGCUGGACCUGGCUAUCUUGCUGCCGCUACUCGAAUGCAUUUUCAAAGCUGGAUUGGAGCAGGAGAUUGAGAAUUUGAAAAAGCAGUUGGCUGCUUGCUCAAGAGAUAAUCUUAAUCUUCAAGAGGAGCUUUCUGAGGCUUACCGAAUCAAAACCCAAUUGGCCAAACUACACCAAGCAGAGGCUGCAAAGAACAUGGAGGCAGAGAAACAGGUUAAGUUUUUCCAAGGCUGUGUAGCUGCUGCUUUUGCUGAUCGUGAUAAUUCGAUAAUGGAGGCUGAAAAGGCAAAGGAGAAGGAGGAGUCAAAGUCCCAGAAAUUUAGUGAAAUUCAGCAGAGGUUAGAAGUGCUUAAUUCGGAUUUUCUUGAACAGAAGAGACUAAAUGAUACACUGCAGAGUGAUUUAUCAAAGCAAGAUGAGCAGAUUGAGACUUUCAAGAAGGUUGUCAACAAGUUUUACGAGAUCAGGCAGCAUUCUCUUGAGGGAUUUGAGGAUACUAGUUGGGACAAUAAAUGUGCAUGUCUGUUACAUGACUCAGAAGAGUUGUGGAGCUAUAAUGAUUCCUCAACUUCUAAAUACAUUAGUGCGUUAGAAGAAGAGGUGGAGACACUGAGGAACUCUCUGGAUAAGCUUCAAAGCAAAAUACGAGUGGGUUUGGAAAUUGAAAAUCACUUAAAGAAGAAAGUUCUUGAACUUGAAAAGAAGCAAGUUCUUUUGGACAAAAUGGUUAUGGAGGGGAUAACAGAAUUACACCAUUACCAUUCUCGCCAUAGAGUUCAGAUCACGAGUUUACUUAGCAAGGAAAGAUCUCAUAUCAAAUCAAUUAUUGAUAUGGCAGAAGAAAAGAUGAAGCAAUUUGAUGUGAUCAGCGAACAGGAUUUGGUGGCUUGUAGAGUUGUAAGACUGCAAGAAGAUGAAUUUCGAGAUGUGCAUAUGAGUACUGAUGCUGAUCUGGACUUAGCACCCAAGAGAAUUGACCAAGGCGCACUAGAUACUGUGGCUCAUUCAGAAGGCAACACAUCUGAAGCCCUUGCACAGGCCAUGCAAGAAAAGGUUGCAGCAUUGUUGCUUUUAUCUCAGCAGGAAGAAAGACAUUUACUGGAGAGAAAUGUCAAUGCAGCUCUUCAGAAAAAGAUAGAGGAGCUUCAAAGAAACUUGCUACAAAGGAGACAUUAUAAAAAUGUUGGUAUGCAGGAUGAAAGACCUUUCUCCUUGGUCACCAAUGAAAAGGUUAAAGCUCUUAUGGAGUUGGCGCAGUUAAAGCUCGAAUAUCAACAACUACAAAAAAAAGUUGGCAGUGAAAUAAAAGGAGAUUUUUCAGCUGACACUGGGGAGAUAAGACUUUCUAAUAUAGAAAGAGAUGGAAAGAUAAGAAACCUGUUGAAGAGGACAUAUCUAAGACGUUGGAUGGGCACAAUGGAUUUUCGUGGAAAUGAAGCUCAAACCUGCCCGAGUAGUGAAGGGAAUUUCUCUGGGAAAAGAGCAAAUGACAUGGAUUUUGCCAGAAUGAAGAUUGAAAAUGCCACUCUCAAGGAAAGCAUGGAAUGUAUGGACCACCUAAUUUCUUCAAUUCACAGACUUCACCUUGCACUUCUGAAGGUCAAAGAGUCAGAUACUCGUGAAGGUACCAGUACUGGCUUGCUAGAAGCUCUUAAUGAUAUCAUUUCUGAGGCUAGACUUGUGAAGACUGCCCUCGGAAGCUCCUUACCUAUUAGUUGGUCUGCUGAGGCAGAUGAUGCAUCAAUUGGUGAAAGUGUCUGCGAUGAACUAAGUGAUAUUUAUGGGAACCCCAGUAGAGAGAAGAUAGAUUCUGUUUCUGCUGCAGGUUUUGAGAUGGUGGAGCUUCUCAUACUUGCAGCUCAGAUAUUAAAGGACAAUAAAACCACAAAGGGUUGCUGAGAUUGGAGUUUGUUUCAUUCUGGUCUGUGUGGGCUUUGUUCUGUGAUGAAAAGCAUACUAAAGGGACUUUUCGGCAAAGAGAAGUGAAAAUUUGUGCAGUGUGAAGGAAGAAGGCGAACUUUUGGAACAACUUAAUCAGUGCAGAAUGAAAGCCAAUGCUUAUCUUGUCAUUGUAGAGCCUUUUAUUGUAUUUAUGGUGUUUUGAAAGGAAAGGAAAGGAGGAGGGAAUAGAGUUCAAUUCCUUUCCUUUGUAUAUACAUGGUUAGACACAAGCCAGUUGCAUAAAGUACAGUAAUAUGAACUGGGUUAUUAGAUUAUUUCAAUGACAAAGUUUCUGAGCUGUGUAUGCUUCCUUUCAGUACUGCCUGUUGUAUUUUAAUUGUCAAAGUUUAUGUUGAGCGAUUGAGGGAUGAUGCAUUU